CAGUCGCCAACUUAAUUACUCUCCCUCCCUCUCUCUCUCUCUCUCUAAGUCUCUGUUUCUAUCUAAAGUUUUAGAAUUUUGACCCGAGCACACGAGCGAGGACGAGACCUUUGACGGGGUUCUUGAUCUGAUACGUACUGAUCAGAAUCCCGGCGGCGACUUUGUUCCGGUGAUAUCAACUAGUCUCCGGCGACGGCGGUGGCCGGAAAAACGAUGCGAAACCAGCAAUGGUCUGUACGGAACAUGAUCUAUCAAACUGGGAAAAUUUUCCGAAAGGACUUAGGGUUCUUCUUCUCGACGCCGAAGCCGAUGCCGCAUCCAAGCUACAAUCCAUGGAUUACAUCGUCACAACCUUCACGGACGAAAACGAAGCUCUCUCGGCGUUUUCCGAGAAACCCGAGAGCUUCCACAUUGCCAUCGUCGAGGUGAAUACCAGCGAUAAGAACAAAAGUUUCGAGUUUUUAGAAGCUGCAAAGGACCUUCCGACCAUAAUGACUUCUAGGGAUCAUUGCCUAACCACAAUGAUGAAAUGCAUUGCGCUCGGUGCAGUUGAGUUCCUUCAUAAACCGCUCUCCGACGACAAGUUAAACAACAUUUGGCAACACGUCCUUCAUAAAGCGUUCAAUGACAGGGGGAGUAGGGUUUCGGGGUCGCUUAAGCCCGUGAAAGAGUCUGUUGUCUCGACGCUUUAUCUCGAAGGCGAGGAUCCCCGGGGGAAAGAUAGCAAUGCCGACGAGAGAGACCCGGCCCCAUCGACCCCGCAGUUGAAACAAGGUUCUCGGCUAUUGGACGACAAGGAUCGCCCGGAAAACGAUGGGAACUGUUCGAUGGAGAAUGUGAAUUAUUCAAGCGAGAAGGAGAGUAGGGAAGUGGAGUCAAAAUCCGUCGAAACUACAGAUGCCAACCAUGCGGUUGUCAAAGAAGAAAGAGACGAAGGAGAAGGCGAAACCGAUGAAGCGAGAAGCGGGAACAAAGCUCGGGUUGAUCGUCGGAAGAAUAAGAAAGAAGACGGCGUUAAAGAUCGAUGUAAACCGAGUAAUAAGCCUUCUGGGAUCAAGAAUGUGGCUGGGAACAAAGCUAACAGGAAGAAGGUGGAUUGGACGCCGGAGCUACACAAGAAGUUCGUUCUGGCGGUGGAACAGCUCGGAGUGGAUCAGGCCAUACCGUCGAGGAUUCUCGAGUUGAUGAAAGUGGAAGGGUUAACACGGCAUAAUGUGGCCAGUCAUCUCCAGAAAUUCAGGAUGCAUAGGAGAAAUAUUCUUCCAAAGGGCAAUCAUCAUCACGACAGGAGAUGGAUACAUGGUCAUCAUCAUCGCCAUGGCCAAAUGCAAAGGAGUCCAGUGAUGGCAUAUCCGGUGGCUCCAAUGUUUCCGGUGUGGGGCACUCCACCUCCGCCGGCGAUGUGGCCACCGCCCUCCUCCGGUUAUCCGCUGCCGUGGCAGCCACCUUCCUCCUGUUGGCAUUGGAAGCCUCCUUUUCCACCGGCGCACGGUAACGCAUGGGGUUGCCCGAUUGGGCCGCCGGCGAUACGACCACCAUGCAACAAUACUUCUCAAGAGGAGGAGGAGGAGAUUGAUAAGGUGGUGAAGGAAGCAAUGAGCAAGCCGUGGCUGGUUUUCAAGUUCCAUUUUGGAAAACCUUCGGGGCCACAUAGAGGGUUUAGCAUGUUAAGUGAUUCUUAG